UGUAAGCUGCGUGCCGCUUCACACCGGUGCGCUCCUUCAAGGUGAUGAGGAAAAAAAGCAAGUUGUCAGGUUAUCAGUGGACAGCCACGGCUUCUGUCGGGACGCAGAGCGCGGCAGCAUGAUCCCAGUGGGUGAAUUCAAAAACUUUGGGAUAGAUUCGAACUCCCAGUUCCGGGUCCUGAAACCAUGGUGGGAUGUUUUGUCAGAGUACCUGUGCAUUGCGAUGCUCAUGAUUGGUGUAUUUGGCUGCACCCUGCAGCUCACCCAAGACAAGAUUGCAUGUCUGCCCAGCCAUAUCACCAGCCCUGUGAAAGACGCAAUAAACUGCAGCUACAUCACUGACCAUGAACCCAACAAGACGUCAGACAGAACGCUAGACAAGUCUGUCAGCCCCAUCGUAAAGGAGGUGUUUGGUCGCAAGAAUAACCUGGACAUUCACCAAUACUUAUUUGUCAACCACUAUUGCUACGAGCGGUUUGUGCACUGGUAUGCUAAGUACUUUCCGUACCUUGUGGUGAUCCACACUAUGAUCUUCAUGAUAGCAAGUAGCUUCUGGUUCAAAUUCCCUGGGACAUCUUCUAAAAUAGACCUUUUUGUCAACAUUUUGGGGAAGUGCUUUGACUCACCCUGGACCACAAGGGCCUUGAGUGAGGUUUCAGAGGAGAGAGGAGAGGAGAAGCUGGUGAGUUUGAGGAGGAACACCAUGUCGAAAGAUUUUAAGGACCGGGCAGAGGAAGAGGAGACCAUAGGGCUUAUUCGCUCCGCCUCUGUGAAGUCUAAUCCUGAAAAGAAAACUCCGGAGCCUCAGUCUACGCCUUCUGUGUUGGACAAAAAGGAGGGAGAGCAGGCCAAAGCUCUUUUUGAAAAGGUCAAGAAGUUUCGAACUCAUGUAGAGGAGGCAGAUAUCUUGUACCUUAUGUAUGUACUACAAACCUCUCUCAAAGUCUUCAAGUUCCUCAUAAUCAUUGUUUAUACUGCAGUGCUAGUAUCGAACAUUGAAAUUGUUGUGCGCUGUGAUGUCCCUCCUGACCUGACUGGCUUUGACAUCUAUUGCUGCAACCACACCAAAGCCCAUCUUUUCUCCAAGCUUGCUUACUGCUACAUCUGCUUUGUAGGAGUGUAUGGACUCAUGUGCAUCUACACCCUCUACUGGGUGUUCCACCGACCUCUGAAGGAGUACUCCUUUGAGUAUGUCCGACUGGAGACGGGUAUCAACGACAUACCGGAUGUAAAGAACGACUUUGCUUUCCUGCUUCACCUUGUGGACCAGUAUGAUGCUCUUUAUCCUAAAAGGUUUGCAGUUUUUCUGUCUGAGGUCAGUGAGAGCCACCUUCACCAGCUCAACCUUAACUAUGAGUGGACCAACAAAAAGCUGCGCACUCACCUGACCAAGAACUCCAACGAUAAAUUAGAGCUCUAUCUUUUAGGGCUGCCAGGGCUGCCGGACACCAUAUUUGAGAUUACAGAAAUUGAAUCACUCAAGCUGGAGCAAGUUAAAAAUGCCACCAUUCCGGCUUCUGUGGCGAAACUGGAAUCUUUGCAGCAGUUGUCCUUGAUCUACUGUCCCGCAAAGAUGCAACUGCCUGCCGUAAACCACCUCAAAGAGCGAUUAAAGGUUUUACGUCUGACUUUUGAGACUUCAGAGGAGAUCCCUUUGUGGAUGUAUUCUCUUCAUUCUCUGGAGGAGUUAUAUCUUACUGGUCCUUUGAUCAGUGAGGUGUCCAAAAGCGGUACCCUAGAAUCCCUGCGAUCUCUAAGUUCUUUAAGGCUCCUCAGUCUACGGUCCAACCUUAGAAAGAUACCACCCAGUAUCGUGGAUCUGGCUGCACAGUUAGAGAGGUUGUGCAUCCACAAUGAAGGGGUCAAGCUCCAGGCUUUUAGCAGCCUGAAGAAGUUAACAAACCUAGUUUCAUUAGAGCUGUCAGGUUGUGACCUUGAACGCAUCCCAAGUGCUGUUUUCAGCCUCAACAACUUGCAGGAGCUGGACCUGAAGGACAACAAGCUCACCACUGUGGAAGAGAUCCUGAGUCUGCAGCACUGUCGGCGUUUGGUGACUCUCCGUCUGUGGCACAAUAAAAUAUCCUACAUUCCUGAACAUAUCACUAAGCUGCGCACACUGGAGACUCUGGACAUAAGCUGGAAUAAGCUGAAAAAGCUUCCGUCUCGGCUGUUUUACUGCACUAAACUAAGGCACCUCGAUGUCUCUCACAAUCAGAUCACAUAUCUUCCUCCAGAAGUGAGCAUCCUGCAGGGUCUUCAGUUCUUCUCUGCUGCCUUCAACUCCCUAGAGGCUCUGCCAGAGGAGCUGUAUUCCUGUAAACGUUUAAAGACACUGGUUCUCUGUAACAAUUGCCUUUCAUCUCUUAGCUCCAGAGUGGAAAAUUUAGCCCAGCUGGUGCGGCUGGAUAUUAAGGGAAACCGCCUAGAGUCUCUACCAGUGGAGAUAGGGGACUGUCCUCUGCUGAGACGGAGUGGAUUGAUAGUAGAGGACAGCCUGUUCGACCUGUUGCCUUCAGACAUACGAAACAAGCUGAGUCAAGGCUGAAACUGAAAGCUUGAGACAGUCACAGACUCGGACAUUAAUAAUUGGCCAGUUUGCUUCUUCAGUCAGUUGUAGAAAAAAAAACACUAUAAAUUGUCUUGAACUUUUAUUAAAGAUCUUGUUUUUAAGAA